CUUAGUAAUCAAAUAGAGGAACUUCAACAACAACUUAUCAGAACUCGUGUUGAUUAUUCAAAAGUCGAAAAGGCACUUUCAACUGCAACUGAUGUUAUCGAACAACUUAAGGAUAAAGAAGAGAAAUUGACGACAAAUAUCGAGAAUUUGAAGGCUCGCCACGAACAAGAUAUGGCAAAUAAUCGUAGACAUAUCGCUGCACUUAAUCGUGAAAAAACUGAUCUCUCAAAAACUAAUGAAGAUUUACAGUCUCAAUUGGAAUAUUUAGUAAAUGCUUCCAGAAUUAAGAAAAAACCUGAUGUUACAUCAAAUGAUAUAUAUUAUGAUGAAAACGGGCAGGCUAUCGGCGAUUUAUCUAGCGAAAUACAUCCAGGUGUUCUUGCAGCAUUACAGAACAAUAAUUUGAAUGUUGAAGAAACCCUGAAAGCGCUUAAUGCUUCAAACCGUAUGAUUGGUAAUCUUCGUGCUAAUCUUCAAAAAGAAAAAAGUGAAAAAUAUGAAUUAAAGAAACUUUUAGCUGAUAGUCAAGAACAAAUAGAAGCGAUACGUAAUGCAGAAUUUGAUGUCCCUAUUCUUAACAAAACAAAACGAAAAAUACAACCAAAGAGAUCAACUAAUAUGGGGCUCUCAGAUAUUAUUGAAAGUAAAGAACCUUCUAAUGACGAUGAAUUUGGCUAUCAACAUAGAGAUGGUUAUUCUAGUGAAGAACAUACAAUUUACAGUGAAGAAGAUAUCAUCGAUAAAAGUAAUCGGCCAUCAUCGGAUUGGUUCAACACUCGCAGAUCUAAUACUCUAUCUAGAAGUUCUAGAAGUAGUCGAAUCUCUAGUCAGGCCUCUUCUUUAUUUAAGAAGCGAUCUAUGGCGGAUGAAAGUAUUUCUGAUGUCGAAGAAGAAAAUGAAGAUAUGGAUAAAACACAAAUAUCUGAAACGUCUAUUAUCGACGAAGAUAUUUCUUCCGAAGCACUUCGAAAAUUGGAUGAAAAUAGUUCGACUAAGUCUCGAAUUUCUAAUAAUGUUGGCCAAGAUAUUAAAGUUGAUGAAUCUGAAACUCUCGAGGAUAUCUUUGGUAGUUAUCGUAGGGAGUCAAAUGUUCAAGGACACGAAGAUGAGGGUACCAGCGCGAAUAGGGAUAGUAAAGUUGAAAGUGUUAUUCAUAGAAGUGAUGUACAAGAUUCAAUAGAUGAAAAUACUGAAUAUA